GCAGCUCGGCCGAGCUGAGGGCCGCAGUUCCCGGGAAGCUGCUGCAGCAUGGAGGCACGCUUCACACGUGGGAAGUCGGCACUGCUGGAGCGCGCGCUGGUGCGGCCGCGCACCGAGGUGAGCCUGAGCGCCUUCGCGCUGCUCUUCUCGGAGCUGGUGCAGCAUUGCCAGAGCCGCGUCUUCUCGGUGGCGGAGCUGCAGGCGCGCCUUGCUGUGCUGGGCCGCCAGGUGGGUGCGCGCAUUCUAGAUGUGCUGGUGUCCCGUGAAAAGGGUGCCCGGCGAGAGACCAAGGUGCUGGGCGCCCUGCUCUUUGUCAAGGGUGCCGUGUGGAAGGCGCUUUUUGGCAAGGAGGCCGACAAGCUGGAGCAGGCCAACGAUGAUGCACGCACCUUCUACAUCAUUGAGCGGGAACCGCUCAUCAACACUUACAUCUCGGUGCCCAAGGAAAACAGCACGCUCAACUGUGCCAGCUUCACUGCAGGCAUCGUGGAGGCGGUGCUCACUCACAGCGGCUUCCCUGCCAAGGUCACAGCACACUGGCACAAGGGCACCACGCUCAUGAUCAAGUUCGAGGAGGCUGUCAUCGCCCGAGACCGGGCCCUUGAGGGCCGCUGACCCCAUUGGAAAUAAAGGAUGAGAGAGCUCCCUUCCCAAA